UAGCCUCUGGCUGUGAGGCGAGGAGCGGGGGCGGAGACUGCGUAGCGCAGGCGCAGUGCCGGCUUCUCCUGGGUUCCCAGACAGCUGGAGGAGAUAAACAGAGGAGGUGGAGGGAGGGGAGUGCGUGUGUGAGAGCGCGCGAGGAAGUGUGAGUGUGUGUGAGCGCGGGUGUGAGGCGGUGCGCAGGGGCGGGCGGAGGCGCUGUCCGGCCCCGGCCAGGCGCCGGGCGGAGAGCAUGGGAAGGGGCUAGAGCUGCCCGGGUCCCCCAGCCCCCUCCCCGGGAUCCGCGCCCCCACUCCCGGGAGAGGGGCCGGGCCCCCCGGACGGACAUGGGCUCCUGAAGUUGCGCCGCUGCCGGUCUGAGGAAGAGGCCUGACAGGCUUCUGGCAACCGCAGAUGCCUUCAGUGGCCCAUCCUGGCAUCAAACUGAACUCUGCUAAGGUGUUGCCGCCGGACGCCUGUAGCGCCUGUAAUUAAAUGUAUUUCUUGUGGACCUGGGCUUGGCUGGAAUGCACAAGGGUCCUGAAGAUCCUUCUAUAGCUCCCUUCUGUUGAACCCAUUAAGAAAAGAUGGCAAAAGUCAACAUAACUAGAGACAUCAUCCAUAGGCAGAUCAAGGAGAGGGGUGCUCUGAGCUUUGAGAGACGCUACCAUGUCACUGACCCCUUUAUCCGGCGGCUAGGCCUGGAAGCAGAGCUGCAGGGCCACUCAGGAUGUGUGAACUGUCUGGAAUGGAAUGAGAAAGGAGACUUGUUGGCUUCUGGUUCUGACGACCAGCACACGAUUGUGUGGGACCCGCUGCACCACAAGAAGCUGCUCUCCAUGCACACGGGACACACUGCAAACAUCUUCUCUGUCAAGUUCCUGCCUCACGCUGGGGACCGCAUCUUGAUCACGGGGGCAGCUGACUCCAAGGUGCAUGUCCAUGACCUGACAGUAAAGGAGACGAUUCACAUGUUUGGAGACCACACAAACCGGGUGAAACGCAUUGCCACGGCCCCAAUGUGGCCCAACACAUUUUGGAGUGCCGCUGAGGAUGGGCUUAUCCGCCAGUAUGACCUUCGGGAAAACAGCAAACACUCGGAGGUGCUUAUUGACCUGACAGAAUACUGUGGCCAGCUUGUGGAGGCCAAAUGUCUCACCGUCAACCCCCAGGACAACAACUGCCUGGCAGUAGGGGCCAGUGGGCCCUUCGUGAGGCUGUACGACAUUCGCAUGAUCCAUAACCACAGAAAGAGCAUGAAGCAGAGCCCUUCAGCAGGUGUGCACACCUUCUGUGACCGGCAGAAGCCCCUUCCGGAUGGUGCAGCCCAGUAUUACGUAGCAGGUCACCUGCCAGUGAAGCUGCCUGACUACAACAACCGUCUGAGAGUGCUGGUCGCCACCUACGUGACCUUCAGCCCCAAUGGCACAGAGCUGCUGGUCAACAUGGGAGGGGAGCAGGUCUAUUUGUUUGACCUGACGUAUAAGCAGCGGCCAUACACCUUCCUCUUGCCUAGAAAAUGCCACUCGUCAGGGGAAGUCCAGAAUGGCAAAAUGUCUACCAACGGUGUAUCCAAUGGUGUGUCCAAUGGCCUGCACCUUCACAGCAAUGGCUUCCGGCUUCCGGAAAAUAGAGGACAUAUCAGCCCCCAGGUAGAGCUGCCUCCAUAUCUGGAGCGUGUGAAACAGCAAGCCAAUGAGGCUUUUGCUUGCCAGCAGUGGACCCAGGCAAUUCAGCUUUACAGCAAGGCUGUGCAGAAGGCCCCUCACAACGCCAUGCUCUACGGGAACCGAGCUGCUGCCUACAUGAAACGCAAGUGGGAUGGUGACCACUACGACGCUCUGAGGGACUGCCUCAAGGCCAUCUCCCUAAACCCGUGCCAUCUGAAGGCACAUUUCCGCCUGGCCCGCUGCCUCUUUGAGCUCAAGUAUGUGGCUGAGGCCCUGGAGUGCCUGGACGACUUCAAAGGGAAGUUCCCGGAGCAGGCCCACAGCAGUGCUUGUGAUGCACUGGGCCGCGACAUCACGGCUGCCCUCUUCUCCAAAAAUGAUGGUGAAGAGAAGAAGGGAGCUGGUGGUGGUGGCCCGGUCCGCCUCCGCAGCACAAGCCGCAAGGACUCCAUCUCAGAGGAUGAAAUGGUGCUGCGGGAGCGAAGCUACGACUAUCAGUUCCGCUACUGUGGCCACUGCAACACCACCACGGACAUCAAGGAGGCCAAUUUCUUUGGCAGCAACGCUCAGUACAUCAUCAGUGGCUCUGACGAUGGCUCCUUCUUCAUCUGGGAAAAAGAGACCACCAACCUGGUCCGCGUGCUUCAGGGAGAUGAAUCCAUUGUCAACUGCCUGCAGCCACACCCCAGCUACUGCUUCCUGGCCACCAGCGGCAUUGACCCUGUCGUGCGGCUCUGGAAUCCCCGGCCAGAGAGUGAAGACCUUACAGGCCGAGUUGUGGAGGACAUGGAGGGUGCUUCGCAGGCCAACCAGCGGCGCAUGAAUGCGGACCCCCUGGAGGUGAUGCUGCUCAACAUGGGCUACCGGAUCACAGGCCUGAGCAGUGGGGGUGCUGGGGCCUCUGACGAUGAGGACAGCUCCGAGGGCCAGGUGCAGUGCCGGCCCAGCUAGACCCUCCUAGCCCCGGUCCCCAGCCCCUGCUACUGGCUGGACCCUCUGCCCUGGGCAGGAGGUCAGGGUGUUCUGUUUUGGUUUGUCUCCCCACCACCUCCCCAGUUUUUUCAUUUCCCUUGUUUUGUUUGUUAGUUUCGCAUUGGGGAUGGGGGUUACUACAACUUGCUGGCUUUCAGAUUGGGCUGAUUGCCCCUUGACUGUCGUCAGCCUGGAGUGGAAGACCAGGAGAGGAAGCCCCACCGUGUGGCCCCCACCUCCUGCUUCCAUGUCCCUGGAGGGCUCUGACCUGUCUCAAAACCCCCUCUGCCUCAGGUGGGGAGGCAAGGGCUGACACUGUCUGCAAGGACUGCCCUGUCCUCCAGUUGGCAGCAGGAAGGGCUAGCCUUGACCUGUUGACGCUCUUCCUCCCCACCUGGCAGACAAGGCUUGCUCCCAUGUGGUCUUCAGGGAAGGUUCUGAAAAGGGAUAGGGUCCUACCCUCCCUCCAGAGCCACCAGUGUGGGGUGGAAGCAGAAGGGAGCAUGGGAGCCCUGGCGUGGGCCAGGCCAGACCACCUGCCCUGGUCCCAGAAGAGCAUCCUUGCCCUCCCCACCCCUGCACCCUAGCACUGGCCCUGGGCCCUGUGCCCUGCGCCCGCUCUCACUGGCCACCUCUGGGGGCUCAGCCUUUCCCAAGGGCCCUGGCAGAGGUGGGGCACUGCAUCAUACCCCACCCAUCCAUGCCAGCCCUUCCACACUACGGCCACUCUCUUCCUGGCCACUCUCCUCCUGGGGGCUCCUCGGCCUCACUGUGACCUUUCUGCCAGAGCUCCCAGCCAGGCCUACUCUUGCUGAGGCGGCGCUCCCUGCUAAGGGCCCUUUCCUGCUCUUUCUGCCCUCCCUCCCACCCCUUACGCUGAGCCGCCACAAAGACCAAAGAAGUGAUGGCUUUUCUCUGUCCCCUGCUGCUCUGGGGGGAGGGGGGUGGGUCUCCUGAGCCACACAGAUGGGAAAGUCCCCAGCUUGAUCCCCUCCCUCCUCAGCAGCCCAAGCUUUACACUGGAUGCAGUGGUCACUCCACCACUCACCAAUCCUCCCCUUCUCUCGGCCCCCUUGGCUCUCAGCUCUGGAGCUGCUCCUGGUCGUAGUUGAAUUCAUUCUUCCUCCCCUCGCCCUCCCCUCAGUGCUUACUCGGUUCCAGCCCUCCAGCUGCAGCCUCUGGGGAGAAGCAGCCUCUCUUCUUCCCGCCCUCCCCACCACACCAGUCCCAGUCUCUGCCAGGUGCCUCCUCUCAGUCAGGCUUCAGAGCAGCCCUGGAGACAGGAGGACUAUGUUAAAAGCUUUUUCACAGUUUUAAGAAGACUGGGGGUGGCGGGGGGAGUUUGAAGGUAGUGGUGGGGGGUCUGGCACCAUCUCGUUAUUGCUUUAAUCCUAGCAACACAGGUGGCAGCUUCUCCUCCAUUCUCCCCACCCAGUCUCUCUUCCCACCCCUCUCCCUUCUCGCUUGGUAAUGAAGUAUAUUUAUUGGUGAAGGAAACAGCUGCUGCUGCUGCCUCCUGCUGCUGGUUCGUGCUCCCCUGUCUCUUCUCCAUGACCUUUCUCUAGCCAGGGAGGAGAGAGUGGGAGUAGUCGGGCUGGGUCCUGGGGCCCGGGGACCAGCCGCAGCCCCUCAGCUUUCCUGUGUGUGAGCCACCUGCCAUUCCCUCCCCACCCCUCCCUCCCUCCCUCCCACCCUGCCUCCCUCCCGCCCUCCCGCCCUGCCUGGGCCCUGCAGUGUGGAGAGACACAGAAGCCUUACUGUCCUCUGGGGGCAGGAGCCGAGCCUUUUUGUUGCUCUGCUCCCAGGAGAGUGAGGGUGACGCAAUUGAUUAAAACCAUUUUGUUCUAGG